UGGCCCGGCACUUCCGGCACGGGAAACUCCUUGCUGCCGCUCCGGCUGGCUUGACAGGCGCGGUCUCGGCUAGUAGCUCUCUCUCCUUUCGCCUUCCGCCCUCCGCCCGUCCACCCUCCCAGCUCUUUUGCCGCUGCCGUCCCACAACUCCUGUCCCUGAAGGCGCCCCUUCCCCAUGUUCCGGGGCGGGAGUCCUGAAAGCGAAGACCCGCUCGCCGGUACUCCAUCAUGUCCGAACUGACUAAAGAGCUGAUGGAGCUGGUGUGGGGCACCAAGAGCAGCCCCGGUCUCUCUGACACCAUCUUCUGCCGCUGGACACAAGGGUUUGUGUUUAGUGAAUCAGAGGGAUCUGCAUUAGAACAGUUUGAAGGUGGCCCCUGUGCUGUUAUUGCACCUGUUCAGGCCUUUCUUUUGAAGAAGCUCCUGUUUUCUUCUGAGAAGUCUUCUUGGAGGGAUUGCCCAGAGGAAGAGCGGAAGGAACUCCUUUGUCAUACCUUAUGUGAUAUUUUAGAAAGUGCCUGUUGUGACAACUCUGGAGCAUUCUGCCUGGUUUCCUGGUUAAGAGGAAAGACAACUGAGGAGCAGACUGCGGGCAUUUCUGGGAGUCCUGCAGAAUCUAGUUGCCAAGUGGAGCAUUCUGCUGCCUUGGCUGUCGAAGAGCUUGGCUUUGAGCGAUUUCAUGCAUUAAUUCAAAAAAGAUCAUUCAGAAGUUUACCUGAAUUAAAGGAUGCUGUCCUGGACCAGUAUUCAAUGUGGGGAAACAAAUUUGGAGUAUUGCUUUUUUUGUAUUCUGUAUUACUGACAAAGGGCAUUGAAAACAUAAAAAAUGAAAUUGAAGAUUCAAAUGAACCUUUGAUAGAUCCUGUAUAUGGACAUGGCAGCCAAAGUUUAAUUAACCUCCUACUGACUGGACAUGCUGUUUCUAAUGUAUGGGAUGGUGAUAGAGAAUGCUCAGGAAUGAAACUUCUUGGUAUACAUGAACAAGCAGCAGUAGGAUUCUUAACAUUAAUGGAAGCUUUAAGAUACUGUAAGGUUGGUUCUUACUUGAAAUCUCCAAAAUUCCCUAUUUGGAUUGUUGGCAGUGAAACUCACCUCACCGUAUUUUUUGCCAAGGACAUGGCUUUAGUUGCUCCUGAGGCACCUUCAGAACAAGCCAGGAGAGUUUUUCAAACCUAUGAUCCAGAAGAUAAUGGAUUCAUACCUGAAUCACUUCUAGAAGAUGUGAUGAAAGCAUUGGACCUCGUUUCAGAUCCUGAAUAUAUAAAUCUCAUGAAGAAUAAAUUAGAUCCAGAAGGAUUAGGAAUCAUAUUAUUGGGUCCAUUCCUCCAAGAAUUUUUUCCUGAUCAGGGUUCCAGUGGUCCAGAGUCGUUUACUGUCUAUCACUACAAUGGAUUGAAGCAGUCAAAUUAUAAUGAAAAGGUCAUGUAUGUUGAAGGGACUGCAGUGGUUAUGGGUUUUGAAGAUCCCAUGCUACAGACAGAUGACACUCCUAUUAAACGCUGUCUCCAAACCAAAUGGCCAUACAUUGAGUUACUGUGGACCACAGAUCGCUCUCCUUCACUGAACUAACUUGCCUACGGAUGUAGAAGAAAGUUCGUAAUAGCAGAUGUUGAAAGAGGGAUGCAAGGCAGGCGGUUGGCUACAUUAAGCUAUACACUGGUAUCAUCAACUGUAAAUAACAAUUAAAAACACAUUUUCAGUGUUUAAGAUAGUUUAAAUUAUUUGUUUUAAAGCUUUAUGUUAAAGGUUACCCUAUUUUAACUCUUUAUGUGAAAUUUACUAGCAAAAUUAAGCUUUAAUCAAAGUUCAUCACUUUUACAGUCGGAUAAUUGGUCAUUUAUCAAAUUAAAAACAUCCUAAUACUAUAUAGUAUUUGUAUAUUGGGCAGAGUUACUCUUUAUAAACUUCUACUUUGGGUUUUUAUUUCAUUCAGACACAGUUUAUUAUUUCAGUGAUCCUGGCUUGCACUCUUUCAGCCUCCACAUGGAAAGGCAGAAGAGUUCAAUCUUAUUUCUUUUCUAAAAUCUGGUUUCCAUUAAAAUACUGAUAAAUAACAAAUUAUCAACCUGGAUUCUUUGCCAAUUGGCUUAGCUCUGGCAUGUUUAUAAAAAGUAGAAACUGUAAGGAAACAUUACCAUUUAUUCACUGAUAUAUAGAGAACAUAUUUCAAAAAAAUGAUAGGUAAGAAAAUCUGUUUGAUAGUCUUAACACUGUUAACUGUAUUGCCAAAUACACUUUUCCAAAUUUGUCCCAGCAGCCUGUAAGCCAGCUUUCUUGUAUAUUUAUGUGAUAAAUGCAUGAGAACAUCUGUUAUUACAUUAGUAUAUUGCAUUAUUUAUUAUCCUGGUGGAUGGUCUAAAUAAACACUUUUUUUAACUGUA